AACCGGAUAUGAUAGCAGCUGUAUGAAGUAAAUAAAUAUGGCUGGAUUGAAACUGUAUCACCUGAUAUAUCUUUUGUUAAUCUUGUUUGCAUUUUCUUCGGCUGAAGAACUGCUCCCACUUGGAAAGCAUUCUGAAAAUGGACAGCAGAUGGAAUAUCUUUCCUACUUUCCAAGUACAACAGAAUUUUAUAAUGACUUUGUUAAACCUGAAUUACCAUUAUUGAUGAAAAAUGUUCUUACUGACAUCAAUUUUCCUAUGUUGAAUAUUUGGACUGAUGAAUAUUUAGGUGAAAAAUAUGGUAACUUAAAAGUCCGUGUUGAGCAAAGUAAAAAAGAAAACCGUUCUCUCAAGCCUAAGCAUUACAACUUAAAAACGUUUUUAGACUUGUAUGCAACAAAUGAUAUCUAUAUGGUACAAAGUAUUCUCAAUGAGAUGAAAGAUGAAGUUACAGUUCCACUUUUAUUGAAUUGUGGUGGUUUCCAAAAGGUAUUACAAGACAGUGUCUUAUGGUUAAGCAAUGGUAAUACCCGGUCUGUAUUACACUUUGAUGAUAUGGACAACAUCAAUUGUGUAUUAGAUGGUCAGAAAGUUGUUCUUCUUUUUAAUAAGGCUCAGAAGGAGUUGAUUGAAGCAAAUGGCUUUAUGCAAGAAGGGUCUUUCAGUAAAGUUGAUGUUGAUGCUGUAAAUCUGAAAAAGUUCCCUAAAUUACAACAAGUGAAUUGGUCUACUGCAGUUUUAGAUAAAGGAGAUUGUCUUUACAUACCUCAUGGUUGGUAUCACCAAUUCCGAUCCAGUAAUGCUAGAAAUUUGGGCAUCAAUUAUUGGUUCAGUCACUUAUGGUGGCUUAAUAAAUCCAACUGUGACUCAACAGAGAUAAAAAGUAGUUCAUUAACUCUGGAACAAUUGGCAGUACAAUCGAAUAAUGAACAAGUCAGGUCCAAAUUGCUUUCUAAAUGGGCUAAUAAAGAAACAGUCAGUAAUAAAGAAUUCUUUUCAGAAAUUUCUAAGUUUGAUGAAGAAUCACGGGUUCAGUUUCUCAACUUGAUUGACAGCAACCAUGAUGGUCGCCUCUCUUGGAAUGAAUUAUAUUCCUUUGACAUUGGAGAUUAUGUACUUCAAACCUUGUCUGGUACAUCUUUUAAGCAACUACAAACCUGUGAAGGCCAAUACCAAUCUCACAGCUAUGAAGCAAAUCAUGAAAAGUAUUUACGCUAUAUGCAAGAGGAUAUGUAAUGACUUUACAGUGUAAAGGACUUCAUGCUGGUGUCAAUCAGAUGUGAAUGAGCAUGAAUUCCAUUUAACCCUUUCUUUGUCAGCUCCAGCAUUUUAAAUUGUUUUGAUAAUGAUUAAAAUACACCUAUGUAGAUUUAGAGCCACAAAUCAUUUCUCACUGAAAUUUUAAGAAGAGUGUUAACAGCAGUUUUUGCUAUAAAUCACAAAAGGGUAGCAUUUUAAGAUUAAUUAUACUAAAUACUAUUGGUAAUGCUGGUUUUGAAAGUGUUAAAUGAUUGUUUUAGCCAAACAGACAUUUUCUACCUUCUAAAAUAUAGGUUGGAACAUAACUGUAUUGUAAAAAGGGUAAAAAAUAAAACAUGUAAGAUGUUUUAUUUAUGACUUCCUAGAGAAGGAUCAGACAAGUAUCUCACCAGAGAAAAACCCCUUAGCUGAUGUUAAUUUUGUAGAAGUAUAGCAGGUAACAUGUAUAGGAAAGGCAUUCCAAAGUCAUAAAUUCCUGAGAUUUGUAUUUUGUUUGAUGCAUUAUCUUGGAGGAGUGAUAAUUGUAGAAUGGCAACUUUCUUUUUUUUACAGCUAACAAGAGAAAAGACUGAGGAAGCUACUUGUUAUCUGUUAACCAGAUAUUGAAAACAAAUGGGUUUUUUUUCAAAUUUGAUUUGGCUCGUCAGUAACUCAGAUAUAGGAGUAAUGUUCCACACCAUGGUGAUAUCCAAGCUUUGCAACCUCACUAAAUAGCAACUUGUAUGUUGUUAUUAAAUCUUAUUUACACAUGUUGGUAUACAGCUUUUCUAUGUGAAAAAAAAAUGUUUAGAAUUUAAUAGCUGCCUGUAAAUAAAUCCAUUUUAGUCUCUUUAUUAUAUGUGAUAAAUCAUUCAAGCCACAAUAGUGGCUUGAUAAUUACUAUCAAUGGUUUUGUUUGAUAUCACUGCUUUCAAAAUAGUAUCGCAGCAACCUACACAUCUCUUCUUUUCAUCAGUUUCACUGAUUUACACUGUUGUUUUUAAAUUAACCUUUAUUUCAUCUGAUCACUUAUGUUCUGGUUAUAUACUAUCCAAAUGAAUCUAUGAAUGGUAAAUGUAUUAUGUGAUCUUGUUUUACACCAAUCUUUACAUAAGUAAUUAGUAACUAUCCGUCUGAUUUCUUUUGUAUUGCUCUAUCAAUCAUUUUCUACUCAAAACUAAAUUGCUAAAAUGAUACAUACUAAUUAUUAUAGUCUUUGCUGCACUUAAAAUUAAACAAGACAGACCAUGUUUUCGACUCAUCCCUGUUUUGGAUAGCAACUACAGACAUUAUGAAUGACACAAGUACACUACCAUGUUCUUUUCUACAUCAUAUUGGUCAUGUAUUUUUUCACUCAGGACAAGUCAAUACAUUGUACAGAAUGAAUAUAAUCUCUAUUUCUGGAUGUGGUAGUAAAAAAAAAAUAGUGCCAACAAGGGUAAAAAGAACAACCUGACAAUACACCAAGUUAGAGUCUGCCUAAGUUUAUAGACAGCAACAAGAAAGUGCCCUACAUAUUCAGAAAUGGAAAGAGGAAGUAUGGUGCUUCCUUUCAUAUCUAUGGUGACAGUUUUGCAUUAUUAAUUUUCCAUAUAUAUAUAUAUUAGAAUUUUCACUUUUAUUAAUGCAUUUUUCAUGCUAUUUCUCAAAUCAUCCAAACAUUAAGGUGAAUCAACAGAUUUGGGUAUUCCACAUUAUUUCACUUUAGGGUUUCUGAUCGGGCCAAAUCCAAUGUAAAGUUGAAGUAUGACAUUUACAUACACUCCUUGUGGCCUCCAAGCACCAUGAGAAAUUUUUUGCUACUUAAAUUUUUUACAUCUGGCAUUAAUGGAAUAUUUACCAAAUCAUGCCUUUCAAGUCUAUACAUGCAUUGAUUCUUUGGGAACAUCUACUGGAACCAUAGAUUUUUAUGAAACUCUUUUUAAAUCUUUGUUGAUAUUCAUAAAAGGGACGACUUUUAAUUAAGUAUUAUAUUUAUUCUCUGAUCGGAUUCAAACAAACACAUUAUUCAUAUCUUCAUAUCUUAAGUUAAUUAUAGCUAAGGGGAGAUAACAAAUGGGAUAUGAUUCAUGUUAACUGCUUCAUUUAUCCAGGUCUCUUUCAGUUACAAAUUAAAAUUAUAUCAUCAUAAACAUGGAGUUGACUCUUGUUGUAUAUUUUCUGAAAUGAAAAUUUUUUUUUUUUUAAUUUUUGUAUUUUUCAUUUAUUCAUCUAUUUACCUUAAAUAAACUUGCUUCCAAACAAAAUACAAUGACUGAA